GGAUACCGGACGGUUAAACGUUUGACUACAGCACUAGAUUGUACCUCAUUCUUUGUUGUAUAUAUACAACACAUGCUUCGAUGACAAUUGCUCCAUUGUUAAUAUCCUACAGUACACUAACUGCAUUUUCGCUUCAUUCCUGUUCAUCUAACCCUAACCUUCACUAAACCUGUACCUUCAAUGAAAUAAAGCAUAUAUAGCAAUUAUCACCAUAGCCGAUGUUAGAGAACCUCUGCCUUAUUUGAAGCCAAUGAGGUGAGCUUCAUCAUAAAUGUGAAACAAAGACUAAUGCUUUUUCUCACACUUUGUCUUUUCAUCUAGGAGCUUAACUAUGGCAUGUGCUUCUCUUAUAGACAGCAUCUCUGAUGUGGACAAUCCUCUUGGGCUCUUGGGGUUAACCCUAGCCUUCAACGGAGGGAACCUGAAUGGCAAACAAGAAGCCCAAGCAAGACGUAAACUAAACAGACGUCUCCCUCUGUUGGAGAGAGAGCUAGCGGAUCGUCCAAUUCGUCAUGGUAACAGAAACUAUGUGGGGAUGCUGUAUUACAUACUACAAGAGAAGGACAAAGCUAUUGAAUGCUGGGAGAAGACAGUAGAAGAGGAUCCUACAAACCUCAAUGCCAUUAAAGAUCUAUGUACUGCAUAUGCCAAGCUUGGAGACCGUAAGGAAUCACGUAAGUGGCAGUCGCGUCUAGAGGAGACCCAGAGCAAACUAUCUGGCAAUCCAGACGAUGAGAAGAGAGUGUAUGCUCGGUGCAGAGCUGAGCAAGCCUUUGCUGCAUGCUGGGACUUGCAUACACAAACAUGGAGUAAAGGAGUGACAGCAAUGGAAGAAACCGUGCAAAAAUUUGAGUCAGCGCUGGAGUAUGCAGAUAAAUUGAUCAGCCAAGAUGAGAAAGAAGAUUGGCACUUGGCAAUUGGGCAAGCCUAUGAACGCCUAUCCCACAGACACAAACGUAGCAACAAUAUUCCACAAUACAUAUGUGCCAUCAACAUGGCAGCACAAUAUCUACACUUUUCCAUAUCUUCCUCACAGCACACCAUGCACAAGGCUGAGGCAUGGGGUGUCCUCGGUAAUGCCUUAACCUAUGAUUCAAACGACACACCUGCUUCAAUACCUUCCUUUAUCGAAACCAAAUACAAAGCAUAUUGGUAUGAACCCUCACUAUGCUAUGACCAAGCACUUUCCCUUGACCCUGGUAAUGCAUGGCUUUUGGGAAACUAUGGUCAUCUCCUCAGAAAACUUGGAUAUUAUUCAGCUGCGAUGGAGAAACUUGAUAAAUCAAUUGAGAGUGACCAGAGUCCUUCAUCAUGGUUCUCCUACGACAACCGAUCCAAGGUAUACAAACAAUUAGCAAGGAACACCGCUGAUAAGCAAGUGAGGGAAAGGUUUCUUCGCCGAGCAGCCGAGGACUCAAAGAUGGCAGACAUCUCUAAUCCCAAUCCUCGGUCCCAGUCACAGAGGGGCCAGAUAGCACAUGACAUGGCUGAAUCUUCAGGCACUAAUCAGGAAAAGAAACACUACUCAGUGCAAGCCCUUGCACACUUUGCAGAGUCCUUACAGAUCCAAGAUGGAAUGGACAUAAGUGAUGCUCACUUAAAGCAGGGUCAAUGCCUCCUGAAACGUGACAAGUGGUCAGCAGUCCAAUCUUUUAAAAUGGCAUACAGUACGAGCCCUCCGAAUGACUUCCAGGAAACAAUAGCAUCAAAGUACCUGCUUCCAAAUCUCCUAGACCACUAUCAGAAGGAACAAAAGCCUGAGAACCUUCUUGCAGAGCUGGCCUACUGGAUUACUAAUGCUAGUGUACGGCAUCAAUCCAUGUCCUCAAUUUUCAAGAUCUUGGGUAAGCUGGCUAGAAACAGAUUUCAAAAUGAAAUCCUGGAAGUCAUGGAGUACAUAGUAGUCUAUCAGCCAACUGUGUUAGGUGUGGACAGAAUGAUUGAUGAAGGUUUCAUUGCCUUGAGGAAGACAACUUUUAGGAGAGAAAACUUCAAGAGACUGUGCAAUCUGGAAAGACAGCAUACAACCAAAAUGCAUUCUUCAACAUCUCUUGACCCAACCACUCCCCUGCCUCACCAUCAGCCUCCAGAGAAAGCAAAGAAUCCAAAAUGGCAGAAUGACUUCUACGUCAUCACACCAGUUGAAUCAACUCAGUGGGUACAGUACUUUCUCCUUCCUGGUAUGGAGUGCAACUUCUUCUCUCUUAAAGGCUUCUAUCAGCAAAGGGAUCAAGUAAUAGGGAAACUGAAGGUGAGAUCUCAAGCAGAGGCAAUCUCAAAUUCUGCUUCCAUCGUCAUUGUUUACUCUGGGUCUUUCUCAGAUGAUGAGGAAUGUAUGCGUCUCUUUGGGGCUGCAUGUGAAACAAGGCCAGCCCCACAGAUGGCUCUGCUAAAGCUUGACAACACACCAAUCGCUCCACAGAUGGCUCGUAUUACACAGUUUGAUUUCAGCGGGAGUCAGACACAAGUUCCGCCACAAUGGUUUGAUCUCGCUAAAUUUCUUUCUUGAUUGUGGAAUAGCUAAAAAAUACAGUCAAUGUAACUGGGUCUAUGUGAUUUGAGUUUUAGCCAAGACAAUCCUAGUUUUGCUCUCAGAGAUUACCCAUACUGAUUUAUCCAAUGUCCCAAUUCCUAAUGCUCUAAUACUUCAUACUGGCAUGUAAAAGGACAAACAAAAAUCAAAUUAUUUUAUGAGAAAACAGUAAUGUGUUCAUUAUGUAUAUAACAUCAUUCAUGGAAUGCUCAGAGAGAGCUUUCUGAGAUAAGCCACCCUGCACUUGCACAAAUUUUGGUCCUGUCAAGUCAUGUCAUUUUGUUGAACACAGACGGUGAACAAUGCAAUUUGGGCCACGUUGUGCAGACCAGUUCAGUUCAUGACUUCUCUGGCUUGCCAUGGCAUGCAUUGUCACUCUACGCUAAGGUCAAAGUUGAACAUUGUCCAUGCACUGUCACAUACUGACAUGCACUUUGUCAUAAAAUAGUUUUAUCAAGGUUGUGCACAGUUCACGAAUUGUUCAUGAAAGCGGCUUUAGAGAGUAAGUUGGGACAAUUUUUUGCAUGUACAUUUUCAUCUUUUAUGCAUCCCCAUGAACACUUCACGGCUACUUCCUUCAUUGCCACACAUUGACAUGCAACUGCUUAAAUAAUGUAGUGUAAAAAUUUCAGUGUUUACAAAACUAAUCAAUGUAUAACAUUAAUGCUGUUCAGUGUCUGGACCACUAUGAAACACUUCAUGUUUUCAUGAGUGGUAAACAAAAGACAACUGUAUGGAAGAUUUUGAUAUUUGUUCUCUAAGUUUUUCAUCUUCUUGCAGAUUCUUCCUCCAUUCAUUCCUUUUCUUCAUGAGAUGAAUUUAACUCUUUAAAAUGUUAAGUAGACGUAUUCACCAAACUUCUCUGCAACAAUGAGAGAAUUUGUCAGAAUAGGUACUUGUAGAAUAUCUAAUCAUUACAAAAAGUGUUUACUCUACUUUAAUUUCAAUAACUGACACAAAAUG